GUAGUGCAGGAGUCUAAGCAGCCGUACUAUGAAGUCGACUUCUAUCAGGCAGCACUGAAUGAACCAUCUAGUGAUCAUCCGUGUGUUAUUGCGACAUCUUACUUUAACAUCCACAAUGCCUCGAUUCCUAUUUUGUUCCGUCUGCUUUAACUAUCCAGUUUGUAUGUUGCCAUUAUUGGAAUGCAUCGUGUUUGUCGGCUACGGAGGUUAGGAAUCUGAGAGUGACCUUCAAAGCUGGCUACAGUAACUGUGCUAUACUUCGUAUAGGCGGUAUCUAACAUCACGUCAAUAUUCAAUAUGAUGGCUCACGACGAAUCAUCGCGGAGCAGAUAUGGAUCGAAUGUUACCCAGUAUACCUCCAUAUCGGAAGUUACCUCUUACGAAGGGAUAAACUUGAGCCAGUAUCCGUUCGAUCCCAAACAUAACGUCGAGUCUACCGAGCAACAAUUAUCGCCAGAAGUAGUCGCUGACGCCCGGCGGCACCAUGUUUUUCGAUUCUGGCCUUGGGAAAUCGGGUCCAUCUUCGUGGCCACCGGGCUGAUCGUGGCUACUUAUUCGAUAUUAUCUCACUUUAAUGGUCAGAAAGUGCCCGAAUGGGCCUUCAGUAUCAACCUCAAUACGCUCAUCGCCUUGAUUUCGACCAUCAUGCGGGCAGCUAUGCUCGUAGGUGUUGCAGAGAUUAUAAGCCAAACGAAAUGGACAUGGUUCUCCCGGCCGCGGCCCCUUAGUCACCUAGAGUAUUUCGAUGCUGCAAGUCGAUCCGUCUCAGGUUCACUGAGCUUGCUCUUCGUCGCACCCGGUAGCAUUUUCGGUGUGUUGGGCGCUCUCAUCACCAUCUUAUCGCUCGGAAUAGGCCCCUUCACGCAGCAGGCUAUCAAGACAGUUGGAUGCCUUCAGAUACACGACGAUAUGAAUGCAUCGAUACCCCUGGCUCAUUUUAUCCCUGGGAACAACACAUACUAUCGAAUCGGUGCCGGCUCCUUCGAAUUGCAGGUCGAUAUGAAAGGUACGAUGGUGAACGGGAUUGUGAAUCCAACCGGCAACGAUACGGCUAUUUCCCCGGUCUGCGCGACGGGGAAUUGCACGUUUCCUAGUUAUCAGGGUAUCACACAUUCCUCUAUAGGAAUGUGCAGUGCCUGCAUCGACACGACUUCAUUCAUAUCAGGGCCAGAUGAAAAGCACAACUACACCUUGCCAAAUGGAAUGUGGGUGAGCCCAGCUCCGGAUCUCGUGUAUCUAAACGUGGGCGCCGACAACAUAUCGUGGGCCGAAACCUCUUUCAGUUCCGAGUUAAAGUCAGUCUCCAACUGGGCUUUAGCUAACAUAACCGUCUUGUCUAUAACAAGCGCGACGUGCCCGGAUGGCGAUUGUCUAACUUCGGACGGCGCCUAUGGGUCCGCAGGCCUCCUUGCAACCUCGUGUUCACUCUACGCCUGUGUGAAGAAUUACAACGCUGAAAUGAAGAAAGGUGUGCUGUCGGAGAAUUUGAUAUCGACGCGGCCAGCGACACCCAACUGGGUAGAGGCCAACGCACCUCCCAGCUCUUUCAUAUCGGCUACCAACUACACAGCACUCCAAACCCCGUGCCUGGUUGGAAAUGAAUGGUACGAUCUAUCCAACAUCUCGAAUUUUCCUCGGGACCCAGAGCGACAAUUCGCGGGCAUCAACGUCGACGGAACAAACUACACGGCACCGAACGAGUGUCUAUACAAAGUCAUGUUUCCGUAUGUGGAGGCUUUGGCGACAUUUAUGAGCACAAGCCUGCUUUCCGGUACGUGCACAUACAACGCAAGACAAGGUGAGGCGUUGUUCUGUCGCGAGAAGUGGUGGUUAUCUAGCUUGUACAAUAACAAGCAGGCGAGCUUCGACUCGGUGAGCACGGCGUUCGACCAAUUCUCCACGGCAGUGACCAACAAGCUCCGCACGACAGGUACGAGCAACUAUAGCCCUUCAAUCAAGGAGGCGGCCCAUGGUAUCGUCAAUGAGAUGACGGUGUGCACCGUAUUCCAGUGGCAGUGGCUCCUGAUGCCAACACUCCUAGUGGCCGCUACGGCGGCGGUGAUCAUUGCCAUCAUAAUACAGAACCUUGGCGACCAUAGGCAGCCGGUCUGGAAGUCCUCUUUGCUGCCACUGUUAUACUAUGGAUUUGGAGACAGACACUCGCAUCAUAAAGAUCCGAAUAGGCCUGUCAUGGAUCUAACGGAGCUGAACCAGGCAGCGUCCGACAUGAGGGCCUGCUUUCGUAACAGCACCGGAGGAGCUGGUUUUGAGAAUAUCACGCCAAGUGUUGAUCAUAUACUAAGGAAGAGGGGGAAGGAUGUUGAUGUCGACUCGCUUAUUGAGGGUAUAUGAGAGUGAAAGGAAAUGUAUAUGUGAUAUUACUAUGCAUAGGUAGACAUAAGAACUAAAAAGAAUUAAGAAUCAAGAAAUAAGAAUCAAGAAAUAAGAAUCAAGAAUCAAGAA